AUGAACACGCUGGACAAGACACAGUCCUCCUGCGUGGAGGAAGCAGGCAUAAACACCAUCGAAACCAGUUCUCUGUCAGAGCAGCACCAGGCGUAUCUGCUACAGCGUCAUGGCACCAUCGACCUCGAUCCAAUCCCCAGCAUGGACCCGGCUGAUCCAUACAACUGGCCUCAGUGGAAGAAAAUUUUCAACCUAGCUCUCGUCGCCUUCCACGCCUGCAUGGGCACCUUCACCGCAGCGGCCAUCAUCCCAGCCUACGAAGCCAUCGCCGAAGACGUCGGUGUCUCUAUUCAGCGCGUCAGCUAUCUCACCUCCCUCCAGAUCGCCAUCCUCGGCGGCGCUCCGCUGCUCUGGAAACCGCUGUCCCAUCGGUUCGGUCGUCGUCCGAUCUUCCUCAUGUCCCUGGUUCUCAGCUGUGUGUGUAACGUUGGCUGCGCCAAAAGUCCAGACUAUGCCUCAAUGGCUGCCUGUCGGGCCCUGGUGGCGUUCUUCAUUUCGCCUGCCAUGGCCCUCGGCAGUGCAGUCGUUAUGGAGACUUUCUUCAAGCACCAGCGCGCGGCGUACAUGGGGAUCUGGACCGUCAUGGUGACCCUAGGAGUCCCGGUUGGGCCGUUUAUCUUCGGCUUCGUCGCCGAGAGAGUGGGAUAUCGCUGGAUCUACUGGGUCCUGGCCAUUCUAACAGACCAGACCAACGCAUGCCAAUUCAUCCUAUACCUCUUCUUCGGGCCUGAAACACGAUACAUCGGCCCGUCGUCGACCCCUUUCAAACAUGAAUAUCUCACCCUCGCACGCAUCGACUCGACCCCCUUCACGGCGUCCGAAUUCCUGCGCCCUCUCUCCCUCUUCACCAACAUCCCUGUCCUCCUCGCCGCAGUCGCCUACAGCAUGGUCUUCCUCUUCGCCUCGGUCCUCAACUCCGUCGAAGUCCCUCAACUCCUGCAGCAAAAGUUCGCCCUCAACGCCGAACAACUCGGCCUGCAAUUCCUCGGCCUGAUCAUCGGCUCGCUGCUAGGCGAGCAAAUGGGCGGCUACAUGUCCGAUCUGUGGAUGAGCACGCGCGCCCGCAAACUCCCCAACAACACCAGACCACCCCCCGAAUUCCGGCUGUGGCUGAGCUAUUUCGGGUUCCUGGUGACGAUUGCCGGCGGAAGCUGGGUUGUCUCGCCGGUUGUGGGCACGGGGAUUGCGGCGUUUGGGAAUCAGGUUGUUACCACGGUGCUCACGACUUAUGCGGUGGAUAGUUAUCCUGCUGAUGCGGGGGGUGUUCACGUCCAUGUUCGAGAGCGUGGGAGUUGCAAACAGCUCUGGGGUGGUGACGGCGUUGAUUAUGGGUAUAGAGUGUCACCUGACGGCCCACAACACAUGACGAUUCCGUCAUUCUCUCGCUCCACUGAUCGACUGAGAACCACCACUCCAUCUACAUAUCAUUCCUCAGCCAGAAUCCAAGGGAGAAAUAACAUCGAACCAUGUCCGGACAUGGACGAACCACCAUCUCAGCGACGAAUUAUGAUGAAAAUUUCAGCGAGCGCUCCCCGGGACGCACUGCAGUGUUACGGAAGCUUCAAGUUAUCUUAG